UUGCUCUUUCACAGAAAUCGUGUCGCCGACCGUUAGAGAGAACCAGUCGCCGAGACAUAUUCGUGGCCGGCGAGACACCGUCGCAGCGGUAUAUUUGGGUUGAAGGUUGUCGUCGAGGAAUCUUAGUAGGAUUCGAAUCCUAAUCCAAAUUCCAAACUCUUGCAACCUGAAUUAAAAAAUGGGUGCGGUUAAACUUAACAUUCACAUGGGAGGUAAGAUGACGAUUGUAAAUGAAGAAUGGUGCUAUUUGGGGGGAUUUGUGAAAGAAGGAAUGGAAAUAGAUCCGGAUGUGUUGUCGUGGUUUGUUUUUGAAGGGUUGAUGAUGAAGAAUAAGCUUUCAAUGUCAAUCUCACAAAUGUGGUAUAAAUUACCACAUCAACCAUUGAGUGAAAGGAAGCUAAUCAAGGAUGAUAUUGACGGUGGAAUAAACAAAAUGUGUGAAGUAGCCAUGUUAUAUGGAGAAGUAGAUAUAUAUAUAGAAAAUGAGUUGUCAGAUGUUGCAAGGAAUAUAAAUCCUUCAGAUGAAGAGAAUGAUGAUAGUGUAGGAGAAAAAAUGGAUGAGGCUACGAACGAUGAGGUAGAAGAAAAUGAUGGAGAUGGAGCAGAAAGUUUAGCUCGUAGGAUGGAAGAGUUGGCUUUUGAAGCAGAAAUGGGUAUCCGAUCAAGUAUGUUACCAAUACAACCAGUGGAGUAUGUGAGUGAUGAAGGAGUUGACAAUGACAGACAAUUACCGGACACUCCUUUAAACACGGAAGAUGAGUGGAAGGAGUUCGAAAGAAUAGAUAAAGAGAAGAGAUCACCUAGGAGUAAAUACGUCCCCGGGGAUAAUACCGAACACCUUUAUCUUGGUCAAACAUUUCAUUCAGGUGAAGAGUUUAAGGCUGCCUUAUUUUCAUAUGUGUUGCAUACUCAAUCCAAUAUCAGAAUGUCUUUAUGGGGAGCAAAGAGAUUUGGUGCUAUUUGUUGUGAAGAAGGUUGUCCAUGGAGAGUUUAUUGCUCAAUUGAAGUCCCCAUCCAAAAGUGGAUGAUAAAAGUAUACAAAUCUGAUCAUAAUCACGAGCCACAUGGACACUCACAGUUUGUGACAAUGAGACACAUUGCGGCGAUGUUUUCUGAAGAAUUUAGAAGAAACCCAUCUUAUCCCGCUGCAAAGAUUCAGUAUUAUUUGAAGAAGGAUUGGGGGUUGAUUGUUCCUCUAAGCAAAUGUUUUAAAGCACGUCAAAUUGGGUUGAACAUGGUUAUGGAGGAUCAACAGGUUCAGUUUGCGAAGUUGUGGGAUUACGAGAAUGAACUCCUUAGGUCUAACCCAAACAAUACCGUAGAAAUCGGUACAUGUCCUGGUCCUCAUGAAGGUGAGCAGUAUUUUGAUAGAAUGUAUGUUUGUUUUGCUGCAUUACGUGAGACAUGGAAGAAAUCUUUGCGUCCCGUUAUUGGAUUAGACGGAUGUUUUUUAAAGUGAGAAUUGAAAGGAGAGUUGCUUGCUGCCAUGGGAAGGGAUGCGAAUAACGGUAUUUACCCCAUUGCAUGGGCAGUCGUUCGAAUAGAGGAAUAUGAUACUUGGUCGUGGUUUAUUCAGAAAUUGAAGGAUGACUUAUGCCUGGGGCAGGGUGAAAAUAUAACUAUUAUAUCUGACAAACAGAAGGGCUUGGUGAAUGCAGUUCACUCAGACUUACCACUUGCUCAUCAUCGGAUGUGUGCGAGACACAUAUACGCGAAUUGGAAGAAAACUUUCAAGGGUCUGAAGGUUUUAUUCUACAAAAUUGCUAAAUCUUAUCAUGAGAGGGAUUACGCACAUCAAAUGGAAGAGUUGAGAAAAAUAGAUCCUCUAGCGUAUGAUGCCUUGGUUCGAACACAACCAGAACAAUGGAGUAGAGCAUUCUUCCUGUUGGAAUCUCGAUGCGAUGACGUACAGAAUAACUUGUCGGAGAGUUUCAACAGUAGCAUAAAAGAUGCACGGAUUAGACCAAUUAUAGACAUGUUUGAAGAGAUUCGAAGGCAAACUAUGGGUCGUAUAGCAAAGAGGGCUAUAGAAACUGCUAAGUACAUCCCAGAAUUCCCUCCACGCAUUCUUACCACCAUAAGAAAUGCUCAGAAUCUUUCUCGGAAUUGCAGUUGGAUAACAAGUGGUAACGGAAAGUACGAAGUUACUGAGUUUGGGAUCUGUUAUGCAGUUGACUUGCAUAGAAAGAGUUGCGCAUGUCGAAAGUGGGAUCUAUCGGGAAUUCCAUGUCAACAUGCCAUUACUGUUAUCAACGGCAAAAGAGAGAAACUAUCCAACUAUGUGUCUGAAUACUAUUCAAAAGCGAAAUGGCAAGAGACUUAUCAACAGAAUCUGUUGCCUGUAAAUGGUGAGCCCAUGUGGAAAAAAGUGAUAAAGUUUCCAAUUACAGUGCCGUCGAAAAGAGUAAUGCCCGGGCGACCAAAGAAGUUUAAACGAAAGAAAGAUGCACACGAAUCUCCUACGAAAUCGCAACACAUGACACGACAUGGAAGGAAGAUAUCAUGCAGUCGAUGUAGAGAAAGUGGACACAAUGUACGUAGCUGCAAUAAUGAAUCAUUACAAGUACAAGGCCCGAAAAGGAGGAGAGGUCGACCCAAAAAAUCUCAGGGGCUAAUGCCUAGUAAUUCCACAUUCUCCGAAACCUCCCAAAUUGCGGAGAAUGCUCGAACCACUCAACCAAGUCAACAAAGUGAAGCUCGACCACAAGCUUCAAGUUCAGCUCGUCCGUCAACAUCUACACGUCUUGGAAGUUCAACACGACCACAUACUUCGUCUCGUACGCUUUGUCUCAACCGUCCAGCACGUUCUCAAAGUUCGAUGAUCUAUUUAUCUCCACACACUGGUAGACCAUUCCAAGCUCCGAGGAGAGAACGUCCAUCCGAGCCAUCCCACUGAACAUGAUCCUUUCUGUUGGAACCUUUCUUAUGCAUAUGCAUAGCACUGUUUUGGUUAUUAUGGGCCCUUUCUGUAGGAACCUAAUGUUGGAACAUAUUUUUUGAUAAGUAUGGAUCCUUUCUGUUGGAACGGAACUUAUAUCCGAACCUAUUUUGCAUA